CAACCAACCAACCCAACCAACCCAACCAACCAACCAAACAACCAAACAACCAAAACAAUCCAAACAACCAAAACAAUCCAACCAACCAACGAACCAAACAACCAAACAACCAAACAACCAAACCAACCAAACCAACCAAACCAACCAAACCAACCAAACCAACCAAACCAACCAACCCAACCAACCCAACCAACCCAACCAAACCAACCAAACCAACCAAACCAACCAAACCAACCAAACCAACCAAACCAACCAUACCAACCAAAGCAACCAAAGCAACCAAACCAACCCAACCAAACCAAAAAUAAACAAACAAAUAAACAAAUAAAUAACAAAAAUAAGAGUAAAAUAUGCUUACCUAUAUACUCGUUUCUGCUGAAAAACAACGAAAUGUUGCAGUUGGUUGUUCGUGUGUUUCAUAGCACAUAG